AACACUGGCCAGCCGAUAAUCAACCAAAUUGUUAAAACUAUAUUGUGCGUACGUUUGCAGUGCGCCAAGACAAGCAGGCAUCCGUUCCAUUCCAGCUGAUGUGCAACUGAGUCGAAGCCGAUCGCUUGGACUUUCCGCCGGUGCACGCAAAUCCACCUCCACUCCACCCAAUUCCUCACAAUGAUUGGAGCCAGAAUCGGAAUCGGAAAGCUCGGGCCCUGCAUGGCCCUAGUUGCGGUUCUGCAGCUCCUCCAGCAGCCCCAGCCGGCUGAUUGCGGAGCCGUGCCCAUGACCAGUGAUAAUAUCGAUAUGACCCUAGCGUCUAAUGAAUUGGUUUUCCUUAAUUUUUAUGCGGAGUGGUGUCGUUUUAGUAAUAUUUUAGCACCUAUAUUCGGUGAAGCGGCUGAUAAGAUUAAAGAGGAAUUCCCAGAGGCUGGCAAGGUGGUUCUUGGAAAAGUGGAUUGCGACAAGGAAACGGCAAUUGCUUCCCGGUUUCACAUAAACAAGUAUCCGACCUUGAAAAUUGUCCGCAAUGGGCAGCUCAGCAAGCGCGAGUACCGAGGCCAGCGUUCCGCAGACGCCUUUCUCGAGUUCGUCAAGAAGCAGCUGGAGGACCCCAUCCAGGAGUUCAAAUCCCUCAAGGAUUUGGAGAAUCUGGACUCAAAGAAGCGCCUCAUCUUGGGCUAUUUUGAUCGUAGAGACCAGCCCGAGUACGACAUCUUUCGCAAAGUGGCUACAAAUCUAAAGGAGGACUGCCAGUUCCACGUCGGCUUCGGGGACGCUGCCCAAGCCAUGCAUCCGCCUGGCACACCCAUUAUAGUAUUUAGACCCGAUGUGGCUUUGUCUCAUGAAAAUGAUGAAACAUACACUGGAACCCUGCAGAAUUUCGACGAACUAAAAAUAUGGAUCCAGGAAAAAUGUGUACCGCUAGUGCGAGAGAUUACCUUUGAGAACGCUGAAGAACUAACGGAGGAAGGACUGCCAUUCCUCAUUCUCUUCCAUCGCCCAGACGAUCUUAACUCCAUUAAGGAUUACAAGUCAAUAAUUGAGCGUCAGUUGUUGGAUGAAAAGCAACGUGAACUUUUGACUGCUGACGGCAAGCGAUUCGCACAUCCUCUGCACCACCUGGGGAAAUCUGAGGAUGACUUGCCCUUGAUUGCCAUCGACUCGUUUAAGCACAUGUAUCUGUUCCCCCACUUUAGCGACAUGUACUCGCCGGGAAAGCUAAAGCAGUUCCUACAGGAUCUCUACAGCGGCAAGCUGCACAGGGAGUUUCAUUAUGGGCCGGAUCCCACAAAUGAUAUAGAACCUGACCCACACACCGGCAAGGGUACUUCACCUCCAGAGUCAAAAUUCAAGGAACUUGGCCCAUCCAAGCAUCGCUACACCCUGCUAGAAAAAGAUGAACUGUAAUAUAAUUAUGUAUAUUAAAAAAAAAAAUAAAGUAAAAUAAAAAAA